CAUAGACUCGAUUAUCUCGUGUUGAUCUCUAAUAACCUAUUAAUUGUAAACGUAUAUUAUGCAAACACUUUAUAAAGUAAAGUAUCAAUAGUUCAAUGUCCUCUUUAUCUUAUGCCAAGUUUCGUUGAUUUUUAAGGUUCAUUGAGGGGUUACCGAAAACCUAUUAAGUCUUAGCUGUCGAAGAUCCAAUUCUUUCUUUCUCUCCUAUUCAUCCUAUGCAGCUCCCCACUUACGAAAAAAAAAACAAAUAAACUUUCAAUCUCUUUAAUUCUUCCAGCUCCCCAAUUUCUUCAUUUGAGUUCUACGAAUAACAGCGUAUACUUGUAUUUAUAAUGAAUUUCUUUUGGGUUCCUCCAGUCCAAAUUCACAGUCCAAACUCCCAGUCUUCUCCAGUUCUUGUGAAGGGAAAAUUUUCUGUGGGCUCUUCUGAAUAUAGGCUUUUGAGGUAAAUAUAUUCAACUCAUAAAACAAAGCCAAACAAUUUGUCCUCUUUUUUUUUUUUUUUGGGUUUUUCAUUUCUGUAUUAAAGAUGUGAACUUUAAUUCAUUUGGGUUUAAUGAUGACUCUCUUUUUUUUUUCCUUCUUUUUUUGCGGUAUUUGCUGUUGCUUAAGAUUCUAGGGGAGAAAAAGAGAACCCAAAAGAUAUCAUUAUUGUAUCUGUAUGUUGUAAAAGUAGGAAGACAAUUUGAUGUUAACGGAAGGAUGGUUGAACAAUUUGAUGUUAACGGAAGGAUGGCUGAAUUUGAGAAUGGGUCAUCUUUGAGUGAGGUGAAGAAUUUAGAAGAUUCCCUUGGGAGAAAAGGGUCUGUGUUUGAUCAUGAUUUAAGUUUAGUAGAAUGUGGUUUUGAUGAAUGCAAGAGUAGGCUCAGGAGCUUGUUUAAGGAGGUUCUUGUCAAAUUUCUCAGGGGAAGAAGAUGCAUAAAGCCUUUACCUGCUUUUUCUUCUGAUGGGGUGCCUGUUGAUUUUUUUAAGCUCUUCUGGGUAGUCAGGAAAUUAGGUGGUUAUGAUUCCACAUCGAGAAAAAAUUUGUGGGACUUUGUAGCUGGGGAGUGUGGGCUCGCGUUAGGGGCUGUGGCAUCAGUAAAGUUGAUUUACUACAAGUAUCUAUAUGACUUGGAUAACUGGUUGUGGCAGGAAUUAAGGAAUGGUAAUUUUUUGGAUGAAGGAGAUAGAAUUGUCAAAGAUUUGGAGGAUUUGGUACAACAUUUAAUGAAAGAGUUUGUGGAUUUUGGCAAUGAAAGGCCGAAUAAAGAAAAAGUAGGAGUCAAGGCCGUGUCGGAAUUUGUUAAAUGUGAAAAUGGAACUCAUUCUAGAAAGAGAUCAGCGCCUUGUUCACCCAACCUGGAAAUACGAUAUGACAACGGUGAUGAAGAAGACCACAUAGGCAGUGAUGAUAACUUGGUACUAUCAGCCAAGAAAAUCAAUAAAAAAGCUAAUAAUGGAUUUCAUGGGUUUUCUGAAGGGAAAACUAGUGACGAUGACUGCAAAGACUGUUCCCAAAAUGGGAAUGAUGUCACUCAAUCAACCAAGAAAAUCAUUGAUGAAGCAAUUGACAGUAAUGCACAUGAGACUGCAUGUGACCUUGCUGAAUUCGAUGAAGAGGAGUUCUUUCCACAACUUGGUGAUACCAUACUAUCUUCCAACAGCACUGUUGACAAAUUAACUGAUUCUAACAAGAGGAAGCGAGAAUCUUCUUCUUUGACUGGAAUGCUUAGUUGGAUAAAAAAUGUGGCUAAACACACUGAUGAUAUUGCAAUUGGGAGAAUUCCUGAUUACUCAAAGUGGAAAGAUCAUGGGAAUGAGGAGUGGUGGUUUCAGGCUUUGCUGGCCCGAGAAGCACUGUUGACAAGGAGGCAUGUUAGUUCGCCAGUAGUGUCAUCUCUCACGCAGAAAAAGGUGAAGAUGCAUCCUUCCAUGUACGAAGGUGUCUUUAGUCAGCAAUCUGUUGAAAAGCCACGAUUCAGUCAAAGGGUGCCUCUGAUUAAGUCUCCCUCAUGUUCCUGUUGCAAUACAACACCUCAAAGUACAGUUGUCAUUCAUCAAAAGGCGGAUGGAGGAUCCACACCUAAGGAUUUACCUCUCUUGAGUGUUGAGGUAAACUCGGAAGACAAAGUUAGCAAUGGCAUCCUGGAUGAACCGCCUGAAAAGGAGGUGUCUGUUGGGCCUCUCUUUCAAGCUGAAGUUCCAGAAUGGACUGGUGAUGUUUACGAAAGUGAUGCUAAGUGGCUGGGGAUUCGAGUGUGGCCUCCUGAAGAUGCAAAAGAUGAAACUGUCAUUAAGUUUGAUCCCAUUGAAAAGGGAAGAACAAAUGAUUGCGAAUGUUCAUUUCCAGGUCAUUCAGAAUGUGUUCGUUUUCACAUUGCAGAAAAGAGGCUAAAACUGAAGCGUGAACUUGGAUCAGCAUUUUACAAGUGGAGGUUUGACCGAAUGGGGGAGGAAGUAUCCCUUUCUUGGACAAUGGAAGAGGAAACAAGAUUCAAGGACAUGAUAAAGUUCAGCAGUCAGAGCUCGAACAGAUUUUGGAUCAAUGCCUUGAGACUUUUCCCUUCAAAAACGAGGGAAAAGUUGGUCAGCUACUAUUACAAUGCUUUUGUUAUUCGGCGCAGAAGUUACCAAAAUCGGGUGACUCCAGAAGAGGUCGACAGUGAUGAUGACGAAAAGGAAUUAGGUUUGGUAGGGGUUAAUUUUGGCUACAAUGCUAUAUACGUUCCAGAGUUGAGAUUGCCUGUCUGUUCCGAAAACAGGCAGUGUCCAGAUUUAGAGUAAUUAACUGGACAUUUUGCCCAUUGCUAGGCAGUUUGUCAUGCAAAAUUUCUGUAGAAUUCGGUGCGGCAAAAUUUUGACCUACAAAACGCACAAUACAAGUUAAGAAAGUUAGAAUAUAUAGCGGGGAUCAUCAGAGAAGUGGUCCAGAAUGCUCAAGCUUGUCCUGAGCCUAGUUUGGAGAGGAUAUAUUCUGUACAGUGAUGUUCAGAAUGGAAGUUCCAUCAGGUACCACCUGUGAAUAUGAACCCAGGAAGGAACAUGUUUCUUUUGUUUUAAUAGUCAGUGUAUAGACUCCUGGAGAGCUAACUUUUUCUUUCUUUUAGUUUCUUCCUGACAUGGAAAAUAACUUCUUUAAUGCCUCAGCAUAUUCCCGAGGGAACAUCUUUGAAUAGCUUUAGUCCCUUUAAUUAGGCAUCUGAUAGAUGUAUACUUGCGGAACAGUUUUUAUCGCUGUUGCGGCGAGCCGGAAAAGAGCCUUUAGGAGAGUCUAGUCCGGCCGAGCUUCCGCACAGAUGAUUUUCUCUGGAGAGUCAGUCCACUGCUGAUGACCAAUUUCUACUCUCAUGGCUAGGAAACAAAUAAACACACUAAUCAAAGGACCCAUUAUUCCAUGAGGUUUAAAAGAAAAAUGUCACAUUAUGAGGUAAUGGUGGCGACAUUUAUUUUAAUAAUUUCUUGCGCAAUUUUUCACUUGAAAUUCAAGAAAUGUGCCUGAUGGCUGAUGGCAUAUUUGUCACGGGAUAAAUGUCUCCAAA